AUGGCUCAAGUUCAGACUCCGGCUUCGGCUUCGGCUUCGGCUCCAGUUGCGGGUGCUCCUAAUGGAGUGGCGAACCCCAAUGGCGCCGCUGGUGCUGGUGCUGCUGGCAAUGGUGGUGCUGGUGCUGCGGCGUUUGUUACGACGUCGCUUUACGUCGGUGACCUCGACUUCAAUGUCAAUGAUUCGCAGCUUUACGAUCUAUUUAACCAGAUUGGUCAGGUUAUUUCUGUUAGGGUUUGCAGGGAUUUAUCAACUCGCCGAUCUCUUGGAUAUGGUUAUGUCAACUUCAGCAACCCUCAAGAUGCUGCACGGGCAUUGGAUGUGUUGAACUUCACUCCUCUGAAUGGAAAGCCUAUUAGAGUCAUGUACUCUCACCGAGACCCUAGUAUUCGUAAAAGUGGGUCUGGUAAUAUCUUUAUCAAGAAUUUGGACAAAUCCAUUGACCACAAAGCUUUGCAUGACACAUUUUCUUCCUUUGGAAACAUCCUGUCAUGCAAGAUAGCUACUGAUUCUAAUGGUCAGUCUAAGGGAUUUGGGUUUGUUCAGUUUGAUCUUGAAGAAGCUGCUCAAAAAGCCAUAGAGAAGCUAAACGGGAUGCUGAUCAAUGAUAAACAAGUGUAUGUUGGGCACUUUGUUCGUAAGCAGGAAAGAGAUUCCAAUUUGGGUGGAACAAGAUUCAACAAUGUGUAUGUGAAGAAUUUGGGCGAAGCAACUACCGAUGAUGACCUGAGAAAAGUUUUUGGUGAAUAUGGACCUAUAACCAGUGCUGUGGUGAUGAGGGAUGCAGAUGGGAAAUCAAAAGGUUUUGGAUUUGUGAACUUUGAUAAUGCUGAAGAUGCUGCCAAUGCAGUUGAGGCAUUAAAUGGUAAGAAAUUUGAUGACAAAGAGUGGUAUGUUGGGAAGGCACAGAAGAAAUCUGAAAGGGAGCAGGAGCUGAAGGGAAAGUUUGAGCAAACCAUGAAGGAAGCUGCUGACAAGUACCAGGGUGCCAAUUUGUACAUCAAGAACUUGGAUGAUACUGUUGAUGAUGAGAAGCUUAAGGAGAUGUUUGCAGAGUUUGGAAAAAUUACAUCUUGCAAGGUUAUGCGUGAUCCUAGCGGAAUAAGUAAGGGAUCUGGCUUUGUGGCAUUUUCAAACCCCGAAGAGGCAUCCCGAGCUCUUGCCGAGAUGAAUGGAAAAAUUAUUGUCAGCAAGCCUUUGUAUGUUGCCCUAGCGCAGCGUAAAGAAGAAAGAAGAGCUCGCUUGCAGGCUCAGUUUUCGCAAAUGAGGCCAAUAGCUAUGGCACCCUCUGUUGGUCCCCGAAUGCCAAUGUACCCUCCAGGAGCACCUGGCCUUGGCCAACAGAUUUUCUAUGGGCAAGCACCACCUAUGAUUCCUCCACAAGGUGGAUUUGGCUACCAACAGCAGCUUGUACCUGGAGUGAGACCUGGAGCUGCCCCAAUGCCCAAUUUCUUUGUGCCUUUUAUGCAGCAGGGUCAGCAGGGUCAGCGCCCAGGAGGUAGACGUGGUGCUGGUCCUGGACAGCAAAAUCAGCAGCCUGUCCCAAUGAUGCAGCAGCAGAUGCUUCCAAGGGGGCGUGUGUAUCGUUACCCACCAGGGAGGAACAUGCCAGAAGUCCCAAUGCCUGGGACUAUGCUUCCUGGAUAUGACAUGGCCGGCAUGCCUAUCCGUGAUACUGGAAUUGCUCAGCCUGUGCCCAUCACUGCAUUAGCAACUGCCUUGGCUAAUGCAUCUCCUGAGCAACAAAGAACAAUGCUCGGAGAAAGCUUGUACCCUCUGGUGGAUGCCAUUGAGCAUGACAAUGCUGCCAAGGUGACUGGUAUGUUACUAGAGAUGGACCAGACUGAAGUUCUGCAUUUGCUUGAGUCUCCAGAUGCAUUGAAGGCCAAAGUUGCGGAGGCUAUGGAAGUUCUGAGGAAUGUUGCACAACAGCAGGGUGGUAAUCCUGCAGAUCAGUUGGCUUCAUUGUCACUCAAUGACAACCUGGUAUCUUAAGAUGCAGACGCAUUGGAUUGCUGCAGCUGGUGGAAAAUUCCUUUUGGUAGUUUAGGCUUAGAUACCUUUCUAAACAGCAACUUGACACAUUUUGGUUCUCGUUUUGUUAUGUUGCUGUCUUGCAUUGUUUUGUUUUUUGGAGGAUUGCUAUGCUCAAUCAGACUUCUUUUUUGGCUUGAAACUAGUUCUUACACUCGUGCAUUGUCGUUUAAAAUUUUUGUGGGUCAAGUUUACACUGCUUUGCAAGUUCAAAAAUUUAUCUUUGAACUCGGGGAUGUUUA